CAUCGUUUCAGCUGUGCAGGACAUCUCUCUCUUCUUCAUCGUCACCUUUCUCAUUCUACUCCCCUCAACUUCACUUCUAUCUACAUCAAGAGCACCAACUCCGCCCCCCGGGCUAGACCCACACUCAUUAUGAAGCUCUCCCUCGCUGUCGUCGCGCUCGCCGCGACCGCGUCCGCGUUCAACCCCGGCCCCGGCCCCGGCGCUGAAGUUGACUUCGACUUCUCACGCUUCCGCGUCGGUCAUGCCGGUAUCGAGCGCGACCUUCCCGCCGAGGUCAACCCCCGCGCGCAGGAGAUUGCCGCGCGCGACCCUCACUUCGGCGGCCACCACCGCGAGCACGCCCCGAUCUUCGUCGAGGCCGGCCGUGUCCCUUCGCAGCGCGAGCGCAAGCCGUGUCAUGGCAAGUGGGGUGGCUUCUCGUUCUCGGGCCUCCUCAGCCGUCUCGGGCUUGGUGAGCCGAAGCCCUGGUCCUCGGCCGUCUCGCGCUACGGCCACCACGACCACAUGGGUGAUCACCACGAGGGCGAGCACAAGCACCACGGUCACCACCACGACAAGGCUCCCAAGAAGCCUGAGGAUGAGCCCGUUGCCGACGCCGAGUUCGCCCACAUCCUCCCCAUCUUCGGCGAGGACAAGGCUCACGCAGCUCUUGAGGCGCAGCUGAAGGCGCAGGCUGAUGAUGACGAGGACAAGCACCACCACAAGCACAAGGAGCACAAGCACCACCACAAGCACAAGGACGGCAAAAAGCUCAAGCACAAGCACAAGCACCACCACGGCCACAAGCAUCACAAGGACAAGGAGUACUCGCUCAAGCAGGCCGGCUUCAAGCUCUGCGACGCGCUCAAGGAGCUCCCGCCUGCUCUUCGCGGCUUCGUGCUCGGCGCGCUCAUCGGCUCGAUUCUCCAGGUCUUCUUUAGCCUCAUCUUCCUUGCCGUUCGUCUCCGCCACCGCGGAUCGCGCGAGGCUCGCCGCGCCCGUCGCGCCGAGCGCAAGGAAGCUCGCAAGGCCGCCAAGGCCGCCUACAAGGCCAACAAGGCUGCGCGCAAGACGCAGAGCAAGGCCGCUGAGGCCGGCUACGCCGACAUCGAGGAGGCUCUGCCGUCCUACGCUGAGGGCGAGACGGACGCGCUUGUCGUCCGCCAGUAGGCCUCUAACACCCGCCCAACAUAUCUUAACGUGCCGUGUUCAUAAGUCCGCACGUCUUCUAACUGAUUUACUCCAUGCGAUACGUACCUGCUCCAGUACUUAGAUAUCGCUCGAACCACCCUGUUGAAUGUAUCCGUGUCAAGAACU